AUGUCAGAGUACAAAUUUACCUUCCGUCAUUCUUUAUUCCGUAUUUUUUAUCCUCUUCACCAUGUGGCUCGCACCUCAUCAAGAUUUUCUUUAAUCCACGAUCAAGUCUUCACGGCUUCUGCCGUUAGUCGUCGAUCUUUUUUCACUUAUACGCCACGUCGAUUGGCUCUAGAGCGUGUCGAGGUCGCUCAUUCAAGUUAUUAUAGAAGAUCCCCCACCGCCAUUCAUUCAAAGGCCUCUUCAAUUGGAAGCGGGAAACAGGGAGGAAAUGGUAAUUAUGGAGAGGAUUUAACGGAAAAGUCCGUGUUUCGAAGUUUCGGAGGGGGGAACUCUUUAUAUAGCCACCUUUCUAAUCCUCCCAUCUCACGGACUAGUUUAUUGCAGCCUAUGCGAACGUUAUCUCAUGCCGAUGCGGAGUAUUUCUUCUUCCGCGAUGAUAGCGAUAAUGAUAACAAUAAUGAAAAGGGUAAUUAUCACAGCUCAUCGACGCGUUUCACCGGUGGGAACCAUUUGCCGUCAUCAUCUUCUACACCUUUUUGUCUACUUUGCCGAGAGUAUGUCGAGCAACCUUUUAAUAAACGAUCUCAUAUUAUUAAUAGCAGUCGUGCAUCGCAUACAAAUCAUACCUGUCGGGAAAUUCCCUUAGAUUCUUUGACUCUUCUCGCAAUACGAGGCUACCCCAUUGACUCUAUCUAUGAAGUAUGGUCAGAUGCGCUUUAUCAGCAUGAGGCAUUUUUUCGAAUUAAAUCGCUUGUUUCUCCUCUUUGGAGCAUCGAACGCCGUGCGGAGAAUCUUUUACACCAUCUUGUGUAUUUAAAGAAUCAUGGGGUGAUUGAUUUAAGCCUUGCAGGGGUUUCUCCAGAAACCAGCACUAACGACGAGGCUUUAUUUUACACCCGCCGUCGUAUCGCAUUUGAGCGUUUGGAGUACAUCGGGGAUAAUGCCUGGGGAUCACACAUCUCAAGCCGUAUGAUGAUUCUUUUUCCCGAUCAGCAAUGGCAGUAUAGUGAACGCUCGGCAGCAUUUAAUUAUUUUCGUGAUGCGUGCGAGAUGAAUUUAAUGUUGGAGGAGAUGUUUGACGUUCUUCUCCUCGGGCGAAUACAUCCAUGUUAUGCCGGCGCUAGAAUCGGAUCCGGAAAGCUCAAAGCCGAUAUUCUCGAAUCUCUCAUAGGGGAGCUCCACGUCAAUGUGUGGGGGUUGGAGCCCCAGAUCUAUGAUGAUACCCCUUUUGUGGAAGUUAACAACCUGCAAGAGGGUCGUUUUGUCGCGCUUGUAAACCACUGCUUAACGGAGAUUUAUGAUUUGAUUAUUCUUCAUUAUUCGCGGAGUUUGAGCUGGAAUGCGCUUCCACUCGCAAAGGAGUUAGCAGUACGGCAUAUUUGGAAGCGCACAAUACCGAGCUUGCAAAGGCAUAAAAUGGCUGCGCGGAGUGAAACUACGCGAGCGGUAGUGAAAUGCAUUGAUUUUUCAUCCCCCGUUUUUACUACUACUACUAGUAAUGGGAAUGAUAAUUCAACAGCCUCAAAAGAUAGCGAAGGCUCUUCGAAAGGGGUUUGUGUAGUCCCUUCUGCGCAAGUUAUGUCGCGAAUAAAUUUGAAGUCAAUGAAAAAUUUAUCUCUUCCCGCUCUUCCUGCUCUUUUUGAUUCUCCACGAUGCUAUCCUCGUGUGGUCAAACACCCUCUUCGCGAGAUCCCGCUGGAGGAGCUCCCGCAGUUCACAGUCAUUGAGCACACUCAACAGGAUGUCUUUGCGUAUUUACAUCGAAGUUUUGAACGAUUGGGCUUUCUGAAUGAAGAUGCUUAUCAGAUAUUUAAUCGAGUACCGAGUGUGAAGUGGGAGAAGUAUAUUAGACAUGUCGUACCUCAUAUCACAACGACGACGGCGACCUGUUUCCAGGCCCCUUUGAGAGGGAAAAACGAGGAGCACUUCUCCACUUCCCCAGAGGAUCCCUCCUUUAGUGUAUCUCCUAAUGAUGCCGAACCACCGAUGAUUAAUGAAAAUCUCGGGAUGAAAAGUUCAAGUUCGAUGGAUUCUUCCGUCUUUCAUACAGCGCCCAUCAUCUCUUCUGAGGGGUUUUCUGAUGUUUAUUUUCGAGAUCCCUACUACAACCUCUUUUCUUCUUCUCGUAAGGUUGCCGAAGCGCACGCCUCCCAUUCCCUCCAGCCUUUUCGACAUCAUGGCUCAAUGCGUCUUCCCCUCGUAGCGAUUGUGAAAUGGACCGAUAUACACGCCAUAACAAAAGACGAUCAAACCCAGCACGAAAAGGAAAAUGUCAAUAUUAAAAAAGAAGACAUAAUGCUUAGUAUGACACUAAGCAAUGCGUAUCCUUCUUUAAUGUCGCCUUCUUUGAUUGGUAGCGAAAAUGGAAACUUCUCGAAUUUAUCAGGAGGGCACUUAGUAUCAUCGCAGCACAUCUCCGGGACAAAACCGUGUUUAUUCUGUUUAUCGAAAUACGUUCCGAAAGGGAUAAAAACUCCAAUUGGAGGUGUUGUUAUGGAUAAAAACCUUUAUUUGGGUCAAUACGCUUUUCUUGCAUACGGGAAAUCGAACCCGAUGUAUCCAGAAAAUGAGCUUGAUGCUAGUCAAAAAAAAUAUUCUAUAGAAUCAGACGACAAGGAGUCACCAGACGUGGAACAUACGGAAUUGGAUACCUCAAAAAAUCUGAAUGACUCAAUGGAAAACAGCUUAUCGGAACGUCAUAAUAGUAGUCUUCUUGAUGAUGCUAAACUGAAGCAAAGCAGCGAUGAAAGCUGCAAAGGCAAUGGUAAUGAAAAUAGCAAUAACAAUGAUAGUAGCAAAGAGUUCAGCGCUGUCGAAUCGGCCAGAAUAUAUUGGUUUAAAUGGGCAAAAUUACAACGUCAAACAAAAAACUCUUUCUUUUAA